UCUACAAAAAAUUAUCGAUUAUUGAAAAGAAUUUCUAAAAAACUGUAAAAGAAACCAAAAAUCACUGUCCUUCGAUUGCUGCAGUUAGCGAUUCCGCUCAUCAUGUUGAAAAAAUUCGCGAAAUUGUGGUUUCUGCUUGCGAGCAGUAGUUUACUGUACAUUUCAAACUCUAAUGCCGUCGCCACAUUACCCGCCGAUAUAACGCGCUGCCGACCUGGUGAUACUGAGUGUAUAGUGCGUACCUCAAUUAAUGUGGUUCGCAAAUAUGCGACUAGUGGUUAUGCGGCUGCCGCUUUCCCCGUUAUUGAGCCUUUCCGUUUGAAGCGUCUCGACAUAUCUGAUGGUCGCGGCGGUUCAUUAAGUUUAAAAUUAAAUUUCCGCGAUGUCGAUGUAUUGGGUUUGUCUGGUGUUAACUUUCAACGUGCCGUAGGUUUCGACAAAGAUCCCAGUAGCAGCAAAUUUGAAUUAUAUGGUGAUUUACCAAAAAUGGUUAUACGCGGUAAGUACACCGCUGACGGUCGGAUUUUAAUUUUACCUAUACGCGGUGAAGGUGACGCUGAUAUCACUUUGGACCGCCCGAAAUUCUCAGUUAAAUUCAAACCCAACUUAAUUAAUAAAAAUGGUAAAACUUACUUAAUGGUCGAUAAAUUGAAAGUGCUUCUGGAACCCAGGAAAACUUUUGUAAAAUUAACAAAUCUUUUUAAUGGUGACCAGACUUUAAGUUCGCACAUGAAUCAGUUUUUAAAUGAAAACUGGUUUGAGAUAUGGUCAGAGUUACAACCGUCCGUUCAAGUGGCCAUAGCUGAGAUUAUGAAAAGCAUAUUAACGAAUAUGUUUAAACGAUUCGCGUACGACGAUAUCUUCGAAAAUCGUACGGAUUCAUCAAUUGUGGGGACAUCUCUAAGUCAUUCUACGAACUUAUUAACUGAUGUGUUAAACAAGAAAACAAGCAGCCUAGGAAGCAAAAAUAUGUUGACAUUCUCGGCAAAAUGUCUAUUAAUCGGAUUAUUGUGUGCAUCCCUUAAAGCAGAGUUUCCAAAUGAUCCUAAGCCUUGUAAUUACGGUGACAGUGAAUGUAUAAAAAAAUUAUUUAAUUACUUAGUCCAAGAAAAGAAAGAAGGGGAUAGCUCCAUCAAUUUGCUUCCAAUCGAUCCUUUAAUUCCGGAGGACAUAUACAUUACUCAAGGAGGCGACGGACCCGUUCAGUUAAAUCUCACUUUCAGUAAUAGCCAAAUUUUAGGAUUGAGCAAAGCCGUGGCGAAAGAGGUUAUCGGUUUUGGUAAAGACUUGGCAACAAAACAUGAAGUGAUAUUCAAAAUGCCCAGAGUUACUUUGGUAGGCAACUAUGCCAUUUCGGGUAAAAUAUUAAUUUUUCCAGUACAAGGCGAGGGUACAUGUAAUGUCACUAUGGUUGAUCCCGAAUUUCAUAUUAGUUUUAAAGGUAUUCCAGAAGAAAAGGAUGGCAAUACUUUUAUGAAAUUGACAAAUUUUCGAUUGCAUCCUGAAACGAAGCGCGUAAUAUAUCAAUUCGAUAAUUUAUUCAACGGCGAUAAAGUGUUGGGAGAUACUGUGAAUAAAUUUGUGAAUGAAAACUGGAAGGAAGUCUUUGACGAACUACGUGUACCGUUCGAUAAAUCAUUUGGCGCAGUUUUCAAGCAUAUUAUUGAUGAGGUUUUCAAUAAAUAUCCAUAUGCGAAAUAUUUCAACGAAUAAAAUGUUUAUCGUGUUGAUUUCAACUUAAGGCCGGAGGAGUUUUGAAUGAUAUCAUUUAAAUAUAUGUAAUACAACGAUCACACCAAGACUUCUUUAUUUUCUCCUGGGUAAAUGUCUAACCUUCUUAAUAACAUUCAAAUAACUGAUCAAGGUUUUCAAUAAACAAAUUUUGAAAAUA